CCAACUAGCAACUAGCAACUAGGACGAUAGAAGAAUACGGGGAUGGGGAAAGUGACAGCGUGAAGAAAUGUGAAUCUCAACCCCCACCCAAAGCUGCUGGGGGCUUUAGGUUGUCUACAUAAACCGUGAACUGUCAACACCAACUCGAGACAUCUGCAGGCCGAGUAAAGCGUUCCACGCUCUUCAGGCACAUGAUGGCAGACUCCAAGGUCGAAACCAAGUCUCUCGAGGCCAAGUGUCUCUGUGGCUCUGUCCACUUUACGGUAGAUGUUCCGGUAGCAUCUCUCCCUCUCCAAGAAUACCUCUGCCAUUGCAGCGUCUGCCGCCUCUCGACUGGAGGGCCGUGCAACUUUCACGCAAGGCUAGAGCCAGGGAUCAAGCCCAAUUUCAUAGCGCCUUCAAGCGAGAAGAACUUGACAACAUACUCCAUCGAGGGGUUUGGCUGCACGUAUGAUUUCUGCUCCACAUGCGGAUGCCAUAUUGCGGGAGUUGGACUGGACAGAGAGCAGUGGACGCCUGCGACUUCGAUAUUCACAGACCACAGCCCAGACACCUUUGUGUUGGAAGGCCAUUACUUUAGUGACUCGGCCUUGGAUAAGGGCCUCGCUCAGGCGCUGACACACCUGGAUGGACGCGAGCUGCUGGACUAUAACCCUCCCAAAGACAGCCCUCGAGCCAAGACUGUUGAGCCGCAGCCAGAAGUCGGCGAAGACGGACAAGAGCGGCUGCGGGCUGAGUGCCAUUGCGGGGGCGUAUCGUUCACAAUCAAGCGUCCCUCGCAAGAGCUACUUGAGAAUGAAAUGCUGAGCACAUGCAUUUCUCCCAUUGACCGGAACAAAUGGAUGGCCAGCUAUGAUUGCUGCGACGACUGCCGUAUCGCAAACGGCACGCAUCUCAUUGGCUGGGCGUUUCUGCCUUUGUCAUUCUGCGAGCCUGAAAUCAAGAGCGAUCUGAAGAUUGGGACUGCCAAGACGUAUGCUUCAUCGCCAGGCGUGUUGCGAAGCUUCUGCAGCACCUGCGGCGCAACCGUCUUUUAUUCGCACGAUGAACGUAAACAUCUAAAGCCAGGUGACUGGCACAUUGUUGAUCUCGCAACGGGAAUCCUUCGAGCGCCAGAGGGGUCCAUGGCUGAGAACUGGCUAACCUGGAGGUCGCGCUUGGCUUGGGCGGACAGUGGGAAAAGAUUUGAUGCGUCGUUUUUCAAUGGGCUGGGGGAGGGUAUGAAGAAGUACGUUGUUGGCAAGGUGGGGAGGGAAUUGACAGACAAUAUUGCGUGAUAUUCCUAAGACGCUGAAAGUGACAGCGAUGUAUUUUGUCAUCUUCUUAGCUGAGUGUUGAAGUGUUGUGCCAUAUAUCAUGACAGCCGUUCGCGAAACGCGGAAUUGAAAUUAAAAUAAUUUUCAAAUG